AUGCAGGCGAUAUGUCUGGAGGGCGAGGCGGGCCCCACGGGGAUGGCGGCGGGGCUGUCAGCGGCGGUGUGCGGCUCCAAGCUGUCCGUGCAGUUCAUGUGGAGCUUCUCCUACUGGAGUGCUUACUUCCUCACCUGGGUGAUCAUCCCCAUCAUGCAGGGCUACGAGGACGCGGGGGACUUCACGGCAAAGGAGAGGCUGCGCACGAGUGUGAGGACGAACCUCAUGCUCAUUGGCAUCGUGGGUGCUGUGGCCGUGGUGGGCAUUAUCAUCCUGCUCGCCACCAAGGAGAUGGCCUGGGACAACAUAGUGUCGCUGGCCAUAGGAGCAUCAAACGCGUUUGCGCUGAUAACGGGCGCGCUGCUGCUGGGGUACGGGCUGGUGGAGAUCCCAAGGGGCCUCUGGAGCCACGCUGACCUGGCGGAGCGCCACAAGUGGCUGUCGGUGCGCGUGGCCCGGGCGGCGCAGAGGCUGGACCAGGCGCACCAGGAGCUCAGCACCGCCAUCGUGAUUGCUCAAGCAACCUCACUGCAGAUGCCUAGACAUGAUCCCCUGCGACCCAUGAUGGAGAUCAUUGAUGCCAUGGCGAGUGAGGAUGCGGGGUUCAAGCCAUCGGGAGGGCAGAUAGGCGAGAACGACAUGGACUAUGAUGCCGACGCCAAGAGCAUGGCCGCUCUCCGGCGCCGCCUGCGCAACGCCCAGGACAAUUACUCGCGCUGCAAGACGGAGUACUGCACGGUGGUGUGGGAGGCGCUGCAGCUGGAGGAGACGCUGCACAACUGCUACCAGGGCACGGGGCGCUACACAUCCUACCUGCGCGCACCCAGAAAAGGCUUCUUUGCCCCAUUCCUCGAUGUUGUCGAGUGGUGGUGGCGCUGUGCCAUCCGCAGCCAUGUGGUGCGGGCCUUCGCACUGCUGCUCGGCCUCAUCUCCCUCGCCAUCCUCUUCGCAGAGGCCACCCUCCUCUCCCAGAAGUGGGUCGACCUCUCGCUCUUCUCCGUGCUGGUGCGCGCCGCCGCGCUGCACGGGGAGGCGGUGCAGCUGAUAGUGUUUGUGCCGCUGGUGUACCUGUGCGUGUGCACCUACUUCUCACUCUUCAAGCUCGGCAUGUUCUCCUUCUACUACCUCGUGCCCGGUCACACCGACUCCGUCUCGCUGCUCAUCAACUGCUCCAUGGUGUCGCGAUACGCCGCCCCCAUGUGCUACAACUUCCUGAGUCUCAUCCACCUGCGCCACUACAACUAUGUCACUGGCUCCGUUGAGCCCCUCGUCACUGUCUUUGAAAAGCGCAUGGGCGUGCUGCCCAAGUCGUUUGACCGCGUGUACCCGCUGUGCAUGGUGGCGUGGUCGCUGCUCAUCGCGCUCAACGUGCACCACCGCCUCUUUGACUCUGUCACGCACCUCCUCUCGCACUGCCGCGGCCUCUACAGCCGCACCUGGCGCCGCCUGCGCUUCGACGAUGACGAUGAGGGGGAGGAUGUGGGUGUGGAUGGGCGCAGGGUGGUGGUCAAGGGCCACAUGAUACUGCAACGAGAGCGGGCAACCAUAGAGCGCGGUCUGCCAGUGGGCGAGAGCGUGGUGCCCCUGGCGCGUCACUUCUCCUCCAAGGACCUCCAUGCCUCCUCCUCCGCCUCCUCCCUGCUCUCAGGCCACUACUCCACCCCCACUAAGGUGCCUCACACGGACCCCAGCUCCUCCUCCUCCGCCGACCCGCUGCUAGACUCGCGGCUGGCUGCAGUGAGGCCAGCGGGGGGCAAGCCUGCUGCUGACAGCGCCACCACCAAGGACCCCGAGGCAGCGUCCUUGCUCAGAGCAGCAGACACCAGUUCCGCUUCAGUCAAGUACUCUGGCAUCAUUGCUACUGGUGCUGCUGCUGGUGGGUCAUCUGCUGGUGGCAGUGCCAGGAAGCCCCAGCGGCCUCCUGCAGGAGGUGCUUCAGGUGCUUCGUCAGGUGCUGCCUCGCCUGCAGCAGGUGCAGCAGCCAGGGUGGGGCUGGAGGCGAGCAUCAAGUCAAGCUCAGCGGGCGAUCUGCUUCCCCUGGGCCGGGAGAAGUCAAGGCAGGCUUCUGUCCCGGGCAGUCCCCUCUUGCUCUCUCAAGCCGCCUCUCCCCUUGUCACUGCCAGGCUGCCACCCAUCAGCACCUCUGCUCACUCCACUCCACACCACCUUUCCACUGCUGUAGCUGCUGCUCCUGCUGGCAGCGUAACACCCACGCGCCCACUCUCGCCUCCCUCUCUCCUCUCAUCCGCUCUAGGCCUAAGCUCUGCAGCAAUGGUGUCAACCCCACAGCGGUAUCUCUGGAGUGGGCAGGCCACAGCAGCAACGGCAGCAGGUGCCGGAGAGCAGCAAGAAUUGGGCACCCGGCAAGGAAGCAAUCAUGCAGUGGGUGUGUCUCCUACAGAGUCCCCGCUAAUCUCGGGCCAAAGAGGUGCAGCAGCAGGUGCCGGUUCAGGAGGGACCAUCCCUGGCAACAGUAGCAGCAGCAGUCAUUGGUCGCAAACACUGCUGGAGUCGCGUUGGUCUCAGGCUGUCACGUCCCGGCUGCGUGAUGCCUCAUCCAGCAGCACAAUGGGCAGGCUGAGGGACAUUCUAGGCAGCCCACGGCAACUACAUAAGGAUGAAGGGGAUGCAGAUACGACGGUAAGGAGUGGAGGCGGCUCGACACAAGAGGCUGCUCCGGAUCUGGACAGGAUUUUUGAAAGCUUGCAUGCACGGCGAGCUGCUGCACACACGGAAGAUGAUAUGGAUGAUUUUGAAGAUCAACAUGGAUUGCUACGGACAGGAAUGGAGCAGCAAACUUUCAUGGCGUCGUCGUCAAGACCGAUCCUCUCGUUUCAGCCGAGGCUUUCCCUUACCUCGCUGCAAGGCUUCGAAGAAGCUACGUUGCGGGUCAACCCCCCCAGCGUUGUUUUCGACAACCAAUCUGACCCAGUCGCAACUCUGGUUAAAGUGGACAGCGCAAACAAGCAAGGUUGCCUUCUUCAGGUCGUACGGCUUCUGACUGACCUCGAUCUUGUAAUUUCUAAAGCUUACAUUUCUUCUGAUGGUGGAUGGUUCGUUGAUGUCUUUCAUGUCGUGGACCAACUGGGGCAAAAGGUGACAGACGAGAGCCUUAUUCAAUUCAUCAAGAAGGCGCUGGGUGCUACCAAAGACCAUCCGGAUCCGGAUGCAAAAACUUGCCUAGGAAAGCCUGUCGCGGACGAGAUAGAUUUUGAACACUCGGUCAUAGAACUCACAGGAUAUGACCGGCCUGGGCUUCUUUACGAGGUGUCCGAGGUGUUGACAAAACUGGGAUGCAACGUGGUGGGAGCAGAGGUCUGGACGCACAAUAACCGUGUGGCUAUUGUCGUUCACAUUACCCACGCAGUCAACGGCGGACCUGUCACCCACCCUGCUGCUCUGGCCGAAAUGCACGACAGCUUAUGUUCGGUGAUGGAAUCAGACAGUAUCAGAAUUGAGGCUCGAAACAGCUUUUUUGUUGGGGAGGCCCAGACUGACCGGAGGCUGCAUCAACUAAUGUUUGCAGACAGGGAUUACGAAGCCGCUGGGAUUCAUGUCUCCCCUGCUGGUGCAGCUGACGAGAAAUUGCGUCCCAGUGUUUCUGUGGGAAAUCUUCCUGGGUCGCAGUAUACAAUAAUAAAGCUGAGCUGCCUGGACCGACCGAAACUUUUGUUUGACACGGUCUGCACACUUACGGACAUGCAGUACAUCAUUCACCAUGCUACCAUAGAGUCAGAAGACGAUGUAGCGUUUCAGGAACUUUACAUCAGAACUACAGAUGGCUCCAUGCUGGACACUGAAGCUGAGAGGGAGCGCGUGGUUAAGUGCCUUGAAGCAGCUAUCUUGCGUCGCACCCCAAAGGGGAUGUGUCUGGAUCUCUGCGCUGGGGAUCGAGUUGGGAAACUUUCGGAAAAGACUGGCUAUCACAUGGCAUUGUCUCCAUCGCCAAUCUCAUUCGAGCCGAAGAUUUCAAUGGCAAGAUCUUCAGGCUUCGAAGAGGCUGCAUUACGUGUCAAUCCACCAAGGGUUGUUUUUGACAACCAUUCUGAUCCAGUCUCGACCCUUGUCAAAGUGGAUAGUGCAAAUAAGCAAGGCUGCCUUCUUCAAGUCGUGCAGCUUCUAACUGACCUUGAUCUCGUGAUCUCCAAAGCUUACAUUUCCUCAGAUGGCGGCUGGUUUGUGGAUGUUUUUCACGUCGUGGACCAAUUGGGACAAAAAGUAACUGACAAAAGCCUUAUUCGGUUCAUUGAGAAGGCGCUGGGUGCUUCGAAAGAGCAUCCUGUUCCCGAUGCAAAAACAUGCUUAGGAAAGCCUGUCGCUGAUGCAAUAGACUUCGAACAUUCCGUCAUAGAGCUCACGGGAUAUGACCGCCCAGGGAUUCUCUACGAGGUGUCGGAGGUGUUGACUAAACUGGGAUGCAACGUGGUGGGAGCAGAAGUUUGGACGCACAAUAACCGCGUAGCUUUUAUCCUACACGUAACCGAGGCUACAAAUGGCGGACCUGUUAGUGAAGCUGCUGUCUUGACCGAAAUGCGCGAGAGGCUGUGCUCUGUGAUGGAGUCAAAUAGCAUUAGGAUUGAAUCUCGGAGCAGCUUUUUUGUUGGGGAGGCGCAGACUGAUCGGAGGCUGCAUCAGCUACUAUUCGCGGAUAGAGACUAUGAAACCAUGGGCCUCAAUGCCUUCCCUACAGGUGUGGUUGAGGAGAAAGUGCGGCCCAGCGUUUCUGUGGCGAACUCCCCAGAGUCUCAGUACACAAUCAUCAAACUGACUUGUGUGGACCGACGGAAGCUUCUGUUUGACACGGUCUGCACACUGACAGACAUGCAGUACAUCAUUCACCAUGCUACGAUCGAGUCUGAGAAUGACAUCGCGCAUCAGGAGUAUUACGUCAGAACCAUGGAUGGGUCCAUGCUGGACACUGAGGCUGAGAGGGAGCGAGUUGGUAAAUGUCUUGAAGCUGCUAUUUUAAGGCGCAGCCCAAGGGGUUUGUGCCUUGACCUCUGCACUGGGGAUCGUGUUGGCUUGCUGUGCGACGUCACACGCGUAUUCCAGACCCACAACCUCUCCAUCACUGCUGCUAAUAUAUACCAGGGGAGCUCCACAUUCAUCUAG